AGUCAGGUUGCGUUGCGGCGCUGUUAGUGUAGUUGAGUUGUGCGGGCAGGUCGGGGUCCCUGACAGAUGAAUUGUUGAAAACAGGGGGAAAAAGGGAAACGGGCCAUUCCUCCCCGUGCAAUAAAACCAUGUUUCCAAAAGGCAAAAGCUCCGUCGUGCCAUCGGACGGCCAGGCUCGGGAAAAGCUGGCCCUUUAUGUUUACGAGUACUUGCUACACAUCGGCGCACAGAAGUCAGCUCAGACCUUUCUGUCGGAGAUUCGAUGGGAAAAGAACAUCACUCUGGGAGAUCCUCCAGGGUUCCUGCAUUCGUGGUGGUGUGUGUUCUGGGAUCUGUACUGUGCGGCUCCAGAGAGGAGGGAUUCCUGUGAACAUUCGAGCGAGGCCAAGGCUUUCCAUGACUAUAGUGCUGCGGCAGCCCCCAGUCCGGUGCUGGGAAACAUGCCCCCGGGUGAUGGGAUGCCAGGUGGUCCGAUGCCCCCCGGAUUCUUCCAGCCUUUCAUGUCGCCUCGUUUCGGUGGAGGACCAAGACCCCCAAUCAGAAUGGGCAACCAGCCACCAGGGGGCGUUCCUGCAGCACAGCCCAUGCUCCCCAACAUGGACCCCAGAUUACAGGGGCCGAUGCAGAGGAUGAAUGUUCCUAGAGGGAUGGGGCCGAUGGGCCCUGGACCCCAGAAUUUCGGAGGAGGGAUGAGACCCCCACACAAUUCGAUGGGUCCAGGCAUGCCAGGAGUCGCUAUGGGUCCUGGGAAUGGCAGGCCACCAUGGCCUAAUCCUAACACUAACAAUAUGCCAUAUUCCUCACCGUCUCCUGGCGCCUAUGGGGGACCCCAAGGAGGUGGACCCCCAGGCACUCCUGGUAUCGUCCCAAGCCCUGCAGACUCCAACAACUCCAGUGAAAACCUGUACACCAUGAUGAACUCAGGAGGCGGCGGCCGAACUAAUUUCCCCAUAGGCCCAGGCUCAGAGGGCCCCCUAGGGGCCAUGGCUGGAAUGGACCCAAUGCAUAUGAAUGGAGGUUCUGGAGAUCUGGACGGACUUCCGAAGAAUUCCCCCAACAAUAUGAGCAACAUGAGCAACAACAUGGGCACCCCCAGAGACGACGAUGCUGGAGGCAGCUACCUACACUCCUUCCAGAAUGAGAACCAAUACUCUCCCUCCAUGACCAUGAGCGUGUGAGACGUGAUCGUGUGCCCUGGGGAAACACUCACAGUUGGCCAUCCAUUACAGAGAGACACGGAGAAACAUGUACAGGAUCCUCGAGGCCGCGUGCAACUGCCUCCGCUUUCGCCAGUGGUCUCCUGCAAUAUCACUGAUUUUUGAUUAUCACUUUUUCUUAUAAACAAACAUCCGCUCCCACCCCAACC